GAAACAACCGUCCUAUGUGUGCCAUAUGAAUGUCAUGUAAGUUACAUAUAUGUGCACCAUACAAUGCACAUGUCACAUGUAUGCAACAUGCGUUGGCCGUGCGUGUUGUACACGUGUUACAUGCAAGUGCAAACAUACAUGUCGCCUGCCCAUGUAUGUGACACAUGGCGGCCGUCCAAUCACAUGGGCACUUGGACGUUUCUACACGUAUGGCAGAAAUGCACACAUAUGGCCAUGGAUAACACACAUGGUCGGGACAUGGACACACGUAUGUGACAUAUGUGCUGGUCUCCCCUCUCCGUGUGGCACCAUGUGUGGAUACAUUGCACAUGUAUGGUCAUUGGUAACACACAUGGUCGGCGCAUGGGCACACCUAUGUGACAUACGUGCUGGUCAACCCUAUCUGUACGGUACCGUGUGUGGACACAUUUCACAUGUAUGGUCACGGGUACCACACAUGGUCAACACAACGACACAUACAUUUGACAUGUCUGGUGGUUUUCCUUCUUCGUGUGGCGCCAUGUACGGACAUAACAAACAUGAUGGUCAAGGGUUACACGCCUAUGCACACACCCCUCACAUGUGUAUUGAGCUCCACCGCCGUAUGGCACAUGCAUAAGCCUCGCAUGUAACACAUAUUGAGAGGCUGAACCCAGUUGUCGACCUACGACGGCCGCGCGACGCACGCGAAAGGAUGCGAUGCGCGGUGCUAGCCGCGCGCGCCGAGCGGGUAGGCCAGCCCGCCUAGCACCUCAGCAAGCGCGUUGCCUACGGGCUCUGGCGGUAGGCGUCAUGUUCAGGAGUAGUGCUGGCGCACUUUGGCAGCGCGGGGUAUAGCUCCGUCCGUGUGCUGCUGGCUACUUCAGCAGAGCUGGCCUCUGAUUGGCUGUGAUGGUCACAUGGACUCAACGCGCGUCUCCAUGGCUCCAGUUCAUUAGUUGAUCAGUGACAUGAUAGGGAACCAGAAUUUGGAAUUUAGAUUUCUUCAAAAUUAAGUGUGAAGUACAAGAUGGAGAUGGAAAUAAGUAGACAGGUUCGUGAGAUGGACGAGAUAGCUGCUUUUUUACGCUCAGAAAUACGUCGACUCCAGAGGAAUUUACUUGUGAUUCCCAGGGAACUGACUGAAAGCAUUGAAAUGUUUCGUCGCACUGCCGCAGUCAUAAACACAGAGUUGAAUCGGCUCGAAGAACUUCGCAAGAAAUUCCGAGUUGCAAGGACCCCUAAAUCAUAUUCUUCUUCGUCAUUCCCAAGACCACCCAGCAGAGGACCACCAGGACCAGGUGCAGGAGGAAGCAAUGCCAAAUCUGAUACGAGGCCUUGAUUGAAUGAAAAUGGUAACAGCUCAACAUCAACAGCGGCACCAAGUUGUACUUUGACUUUAGGUCUACCAAGUCGUUCCAAGGAAUUUUCAAGGACUGUUAGGCUCUGAAUAAUUUUGAUAUUAUUUAACAACUCUUUACCAAGAUGUUUA